AUGACUGAUGGUUGUUUAAAUUGUCGUUUACUUCUAUCAUUUAUUUGUAUAUUAAAUUUUCUUAUAUCAAUAACACUUAAAAUCAAUCAAACAUGGUUACAUGUAUCAUGGUUUUUAAUAUUUAUACCAAUAUGGAUAUUUAAUUUAAUAUCAUUAUGUAUAAUUGGAUAUUUAAUUUUAAUAAAAAAAUGGUUAGAAAAAAAAGAAAAAUGUUUAAAAAUAAUUUAUUAUUUAUUAAAUUUAUUAUCAUCAUGUGCAUUUGAAAUAUUAUUAUGUAUUAAAUUACAAUAUAGACAAGAUAUACCAUAUUGGAUUGUAUUUUUACCAUUAUGGAUAUUAAUGUUUUUUAUUUUUAGUAUUAUUAUACAACAAAUGUAUAGAACAUGUCAAACAACAACGGAAAAAACUAUGUGA